AUGAAGGUUUCAUUUCGGAAUAUACAGUGGGUAUCUCGAGAGAGGCGUGAUGAUGAUGACGACGACGACGACGAUGAUGUUGUUGUUGUUGAUGAUGAUGAUGAUGGUGAUGAUGAUGAUGAUGAUGAUGAUGAUGAUGAUGAUGAUGAUGAUGAAGAUGAUGAUGAUGAAAAACUAGAUGGUCAUUCACGGAAAUUUGGAACCGAAGCACUUAUUGUUCAUAUCCCUUACUAUGUUUUCACCAGGAGAAAACUUCCCCGGACACUUGUGUGACGUCUCAACAAAACCACCCACAACGACCUCCAGGUAAUCUACUGUGACGCCAGGGCUACCUUAGUGCUUUGCGGGUCUUCAACUCCCCGUGUUACUAUAAAUAGACAUUUAAGCGUCUAAUGGCCAUAACCACCUUUGAGGAGUUUUACAGCCAAAGACAAAGAUACUAGAAGGAUCCCAUACGUCAUAUAACCAAAGGCUGAAUACAAGAUACCCCAAUAAGGAAAAACAUUCAAAAUGAAAAAUAAAUACACUGUGAAACUAAAAAAGAAGGAGAUAUCAGUGUAAUCGCAGAGUUCGGUUGGUAGGUCGGCCGACACACUUGUGAUCCUCUGUUGACACAGAUAAUUCCACGAAAACCCAGAUAUACAACAUCGAAAAUACAGCAAAUGGGCUCAUUCAUGAAAUGUCCAUCGUACUUUUCAAAUGUGUCUUCGUUUCGCACAGAUUAACGAAAUAGUGUUGUAACACUAAUCAGUUUAUAGCAUGAUUUCAUACUAAUUCAAUUACCUUAAGAUGCCGGCCUUCCAACGAACUUCUUUCCUGCUGUAAAAAAUGACCACUUAAGUAGCGUGCUAUUUUCUCAUUGAUUUUCGAUGCCCUUCAAAUAUGCAAUUUUAUUUAAUGGAAAGCAUGCAUAAAAAUAUUCGUCCUGUUGCCCAUUCGGUAGAAAAUUACGUCUUCUUCCAAUUCAAUCCUCGAAAGAAGGGUAUUGUUUGGUUUUAAAAAAGUUUAUAGUUCCGAGAUUUUUUAAUAUCGUGAAAUGAGUGUUCAUAAAACAUCGUUUCUCUGCAAUUACUACUGUUGCUUACAACAACAUGGCUCAAAUCAACCGCUGAAUUUCAUGAACCCCAUGAUGUCCCCUGUUUAUACCGUAAAGAAAUGUACGGUUUUCCAUACGCGAAAAAUAUACGGCUUGUAUUUUGGGAACCCUGAAUACAAGUGCAACAGCACGUCGGAGUUCAAACUUAUUCGGGAAUUGGAAAAGUUUUUAAAAACCUAAUUAUACCCUGCCUUCGAUUAUAAAAUUGGAAGGAGACGUAACUUUCUACCGAACGGGCAAAAGAAUGAGUAUUUUUAUGCAUGUUUUUUCAUGAAAUAUAAUUGCAUUUUCAAGCGAUUCGAAAGUCAAUGAGAAAAAAGCAUGCUACAUAAGUGGUCAUUUUUUGCAGAGUAUAGAUUUGCAUGCAGCCGGAAAGAAUUUCGUUUGAAAACCGGCGUCCUGCGGUAACUGGAUUAUUGUAGAGUUUUGUUGUACAGUGACUAGGUUUACAGCCCUACUUAUUAAUCUUUUUGAAACGAAAACGCGUUUCGAAAUAUCGGUUGACAGUUCAUAAGUUAGCCCACCUACUGUAAUCUGACCUUGAUUGCAAGGAUGAAUUACCUCUCAGCCGUACUUGCGUCUGUCCAGGGUUCAGUCUUUAGCCCUAGCAGUCCUUUCUGGGAAGAACAAAUGAGGACGGUUGGCUUACCACCCAUGCACAAAAUCUCUUCAAACAGGAAAAAGAAACUGAUACUUAAAACUUCCUUUCCCUCUGGAUCAAGUUAGGAAGAAAACCUACUGGAAUACUUAAUUCCACGCCAUUUGAGCGAAAAACGGGUAAAAACGGCUCUUGCGAGAUGUGGCCUGGACUUCGCUCAUGGCAAAAAAUGCUCAAUCCGUCGCUUCCAUCAUGGCUUCUGAACAAAACCUGGAUCACGAUCUCCUAGCGCCGACAAUCGGUACAAACACUUGGCGAAUAUAAAAACCCGAAACGUUUCCCCAGCUCGAGAAUUCACCACAAGGUCCUGGCCUGUAGCUGGCGAUUACUCACCUCAAAUCAACGAAUCUAGGCGAAAUGACGGCUACAGAAAAUAAUCAUACGAAUUAGUAGUAGAAUGUCUCAUCCAGCAUAUCCACUUAACCCCAUAAAAGCUGGUCAUCACUCGGCUUUGCCAACUCCACAUCCGCCUGUAGGCAUCAGUCUUCUUUAUCGCAAGAUAGCCAGAAGCACAUUCUGAGAUGCUCUUAGGUCCAGAUGUCCGGAAAUCCUGCCGUGAGAGUCAGUCAGAGGACUCUUAUUUCGGUUAGUAGGAGUAAUGCAACGUGUUCAAAACGGAAAUGUUUUUGUACUGACCUCCUGCCACGCGCAUUUGUAACGCCCUGCCUAGCAACUCCUACUGAAAGACCUGACUUUUUACAAAUACUGCCGCGCAUGUCAUUUAACCUAGCCACCGGACAAGGCUAAUCAGUAGAAGGUCAAAUAACCACUCCUUUCUGGUUCAUGGUUGUCAAGGCAUUCCGGCCGGUCCUGCCUGUAACAUAAGGCGAAACUGACAACGCGUCGGGGUGGCGGGGAGGGGGGGGAGGAGGGGGGGGAGGGACUGAGAGAUGUUGCUACUGCUGCCUUUUCUUGUAGUUAGAUGAUUCAGGUGAAAAACAUUGACGCAGGGACUGGUAGGCAGUUUAGCAUUGCAGUCUCCGCAUGCAAAAACAACGUGCCCCGAUGUCCACUCACUGUUAUCGUUAAUUAGCUAUCGUCCAAACGAAGGUCUCCUUAAUUUAAUUAGGCUCAGACGGCCUCAGUUGUCGGCACAACUUUGCGCACCCGGACGCCUACAGCAAAAUUUGCGCCUUGACGAUGUUUAUCAACUGGUCUCAAAAUAAAAUGUUUACACCUGAAGCAGGAGAAGCUGAGAAUUUAUUGAACCCUGCGCCUCGGAUGAGAACUCAGUCAAACGAUUUAUUGACCUGGCACCGGCACAGAGAGCUCUGCGCAGGUACCACCAGACCUGCGGCAUCGAUCGUUCAUUGCCUUAUACAGUGAGUGACCGAUCUCAUUAAAUGUUGGCUGAAAUACUGAAAUGCGUCUUUGAUUAGGAAGGGUUACCUAGGCGCGGUUGUAUUAUUGAUUAUCUUGCGCCAUAAUCUUAUAAUAUUUGGGACUCGGCAGGAUGUCAGCUUUAAAAUACGCUUCUUUUUAAUCUCCUUUAGAAACCGCACUCAGUAAAAAAUGACUACUUUAUUGGCAUGCAUUUCUACAAUUGAUUUUCGAUGACCUUACAAAUUUAAAUAUAUGUUAUAGAAACCAUAAACAAAAAUAUGCUUUCUCUUAGUCGUUUGAUAGAGGAUUAUGUCUUCUUCAUAUUUCAUACUCAAAGAAGGAGGACAAUUAGGCUUUGAAAUAGUUUUCUAAUUGCCAAGUCAUUUCGAACCUGAUCAUUUGUUGAUCUAGCGCCUAGCGAUUUAAGUCUACAAGGUGCAUGCGUUCCGCGUAAAGAAAAUCACACAUUUUACUACGUCUUUAUAAAGAUAUCAUACAGAGUCCAUUACAUUUUGCAAUGGAUGCGGACUAUGUUGUACAUUUCAUGGGGCUAUGUGGUAAACGGCCAGGUACGAUGCUGUGUGAAUGGGCAUUGAGCGGUCUUAAAAAUCUCAUAAGUAGAAACCUUUUUAAAACCUUAUUAUACUCCUCCUUCGAGUAUGAAAUAUAAAGAAGACGUAAUUCUCUAUCAAGCGACUAAUAGAAAGCAUAUUUUUGUUUAUGGUUUCUAUAACAUAUAUUUGAAUUUGCAAGGCCAUCGAAAAUCAAUGGCAAAAAUGCAUACCACUUAAUUAGUCAUUUUUUACCGAGUGCGGUUUCUAAAGGAGAUUAAAAAGAAGCGUAUUUUAAUGCUGACAUCCUGCCGAGUCCGAAAUAUUAUAAGAUUAUGGCGUAAGAUAAUCAAUAUUACAACCGCGCCUAGGUAACCCUUCCUAAUCAAAGACGCAUUUCAGAAUUUCAGCCAACAUUUCAUGAGAUCGGUCACUCAUUGUAUGUUUUAUAAUCGGCACUUGUUCCGUUGUUGAUGUUGUUAUUGUUGAAGAUGCACGCCUACAAAAGUUCUAAAGCUCGUUAAUUGAAAAAAAAAGAGUUCAGGUGCUCGAUCCGUCUCUUCCUUUUUAGUCAUAAAAAUUAGUAUUAUGACAAGUAGCCCUUUAGAAGAAGUGAAGGGUACUCUAGUUGAAAUUUGCGUCGACAGGCCAGUGCAAGUAGAAAGUGCAUUUUUUCUAAAAGCCUUUACUUCAGUUAGCACAAAUAAAAUUUCCUCAAGUGGCAUAUGGUCAAAUGAUGGGAGAAAAUUCCAGGUUCCGAAUUCGGAGUAACGGAGGAGCUAACCCAACACAUCAGUCGGAAAAGUGGACAGCAACCCCAGUAGAACUGGUUAUUUGUCCAGUUCACAUCGAAAACAGUCGCCAAAUCCCGUGCAGUGGGCUUUGUGACCCUGGGCAGCGUCCAUAAAUAUGCACUUCAGGAGAAAAUAUCGUGAGAUGGCCUGGAAUGUAGUCCCAACUAAAAAUGAUACAUGGUGGCACCCCGACUGUCUGCAAUGACCUUUUGUGGUCAUUCACGGGGAAGUUACUCCACAAAAAAGGCCAUUAAAAUAAUAUAUAUUUGGAUUACUGACUCCUACGCAGCUACCAUUUUUAGCAGGUAGCCGCGGAAAGUGUAUCUGGCAAUGAAUGUUCUCCCCAAAAUGCAAUAAGAGAGAGUCUGGUUUGAAAGAUGUUGCUCUGUUCGUAUCCCUCCUGCAACACGACCUGCAUUUUCACAUGUUUCUCGGGUUUCGGAAACCUGAUACGCGUGGUUUAUGAAGAUAAUAUUUUACUUCUCUCCAUGUUACUAAAAAAGACAUCCAAGAAGACGGAAUAUUGCAACAUGUCCACGAAAAUUGCCUACACACCAGAAUUAGCCUGACGAAACUUUUGGACCUUUUCAGUCAAGGGUCUUGAUAAGACUACACAGCGCAUUUUCAAAUACAGACAUAACGGUUCGAUCGUCGAUUCCAACAAAGUCCACCGUGUGCUCCACAGCACGAUGGACGCAGGAACAAUGAGUCGUGUGUGAAGUAGUCCACAGUGAGAUUGGGAUUGUGCAGCAUUUACUGCUCUCUCUCUCUCUCUCUCUCUCCCUCCCCUACCUCCCGGACCCGGUAUCAUGAGAGAGUCGAGAAAGCAUUCUAUUCAGUCACAUCGCGCGAUUUUCACAGGAUUACAUUGGCUACGAAAGAAAACGCGAAAUAUUAAGUAGUUACGACCUCCUCUCGGGGUUAUUAAAUUUGUAUAUAUUCCCAAAGAGCAGUACAAAGUACAGAAGUAUAAGUUGCAGUCGUUGGAACAAGACGUUUCUGAUUCCCAUUCUUCCGAACUGUUUUGUUUUUAACGGAAAUAAAAGGAAGCCACUAUUUACCCUCUGUAAGCUAGUAUACAAGCAAGUGGGCACAAUAUAAAGUCGCCUUUCCAUCAACAGAGUAUCCAAACAAUCCACAGGGCUCAUUUUAGUUAUCGCGAAAGGUAUCCAGUUUAGGAGUUUACGGACCGUGUAUUUUUUAUGCCCCACCGCUCAAGAACUUGUAAAUUAUGCUGCAAACAGUUUUCAGAAAACACUAAAAAUAAUCUGAUUGUCAUGGAAAAUAUUAACGAAGAAAUUGUUCCGGUUGCAUGGUGUUUGAAAGCAUGUGCUAUUUAUGCAUUUGAAAAGUUCAGUGUUUGUAAAAAAACCAGCAUUUACUCGUUGCAAGAUAGCAUACAAACGAGUUGGCAUUAAAUAAAAUAGGUCUUUGUUAGGAGUGCCUACAUUCCCACAAACAGGAGCCAGCCAAUCACUGGGGGCCACGUGCGUUUUCUCUACAGCGCUGUCAUCUUAAUCGUGGCGCCUCUCCAUUGGCUGAUCUCCUCAAGCCUGAUCGAUCUGCGUAUCCGAAUUAUCGACCGGCUCGUCUAGAAUGUUCUUCCCGAAGAGCUUUGGACCGAACGCCGGCGAACCACAGUCGGGCGUUAUAAAUAUGCGUUACUUCCACUUAAUCUUGAUUUGCAAUUUCCUAAUACACAUUUCCGUGGCCGAUCGCGUUCUUCCUCUCUGUGGCGUUGGUAUUGAGGACAAGAGUCGGGUACGCAUAUGCUUCCACGUGCUCUCAAAUACUAGGCCGGGACAUAACACUCUUUUACUGACAAAAGUACUUAAACCACCCGCAAGGCUCAUUUUAGUCGAAAGCACACUCGUGGAUUUCAAUCCCUGUUGUAUGAGGCACGGCGACCAUUGCACUUUCAAACUUAGCCGUUAUUUUGUGUCGGCAAAUUUGGAGUGCCUGGCAAAUGAGGUGUGAACGUGGCUUCCGGCAUUCCUUUUAUGUUUUUCCGGCAUGAAAUUAGUUGAUGUUGUAUCGGCAAGGUGCAAACAUACUGAGAAGCAUUGCAAGUCGGUUCUCCGUCAUCCUAACUGACUGCUUUUUGAAGUUGAAAAAGCGCUGGAAUCAUCAAGGCAUUCGUUAUAAGCGUGCGACACUUUUUUCCUACCUGUAGUCGCAUCGCUGCAGCGUGACCUUGAAAACCCCGACUGCAACCGGCAGAGUCGGGGUCCGGGUUUAACUCAGGUGCCCAGGUUAGAAAAGAGCUAUCUGAUGAUGAAAAACGGUCCAGAAACGGCCAUUUCAGUCUUCCGCGCCUUUGUGGAUAUUCUUCCACAUAAACACCUUCUGCGAAUUUCAAUAACCUAAAGUUGGACACUGAAACAAACAGAAAGUACCGAAAUCGACGGAAAAAAUAAGUGAAUCACUGUUUCCUGGAAUAAAUUUGAACAAGGCAAAGACGACGGAACAUGCGGAAUUUAAAGGUGCCAUAAAUUUCAUGAUUAAACAGUUUGCUUUGCCUUGAAAAUACUCAGUGACUAUGUGCAGUUGAGUAAAAGGUCACGAAAUUUAUGAAGUUAUUAAAUUCUGCAUGUUUCGUCACCUUUACCUUCCUCGAAAAAAUAAAUGACAACAUUUACGAUCAGUUGACAGGUUUUGCAGGAUUCGUAAAUAUCUAACACAGGCUCUUCUUCUUUCAGUUAUUAUGGCUAACCGGUUUUUAAUUAAGAAGUUUACUGGCCAUGUAUUUUGUAUGCCACACGGUUCAAGAACUUGCAAUUUGUGUUGUAAAUAGUCCUCGGUACACAUCAAAAAUAAUCUCUUUGCCGUGAAAAAGAUUAACAAAAAAAUAUUUUGGCUGUUUUGAUAUUUAUAAGUAUGUUCUAUUCCAGCAUUUGAAAGUUGCCGGGAUCGAGGCAUCCUAAAAGAGUAGGGUCAACUGUCGAACUCUGUAUACAGGCUUAAGAAGAUGCAUCCAAAUUUCAAUAUCUCUAAGUCAAUACAUCCUCUACUCGAAACCAGCAGUUUUCCACAUAGCAUGUGUUCAUUAAAAAAUUAAUAUCGUCUAGCUAGAACCGGUUUUUUUCGGGAAGAACCGAAAAAUGUUUGGAAAAAGGUCGCUCACGUGGUUUUUAUUAAUGACGUGGACGUGACGGUUAGAAGGAUUAUCAAUGGAGAGCAAACAUUGUAUGGCGAAUGAAAUAACUUAUCUUCGUCCCUGUUAAGUAUAACUUCAAGUAAUCUUUGUGUGAAAGUACACGCCGUGGACUUCACUUAAUCGGCCUUCGUUGAAGCAAGAUGAUUUGGUCCUGUUAGGCUGCUUGCCCAAUUAUUCAACGUAUUUAAAACGGUCAGGACAUUAAUCAGUCCUUUUUCGGCAGUACCAAAUGUUUGAUUAUUGAAUUUCCCUUACUAUAAGUAGCUUUUUAACUGACCAAGGUACAAGGACUAAUCAUUGGCUAGGCUCCUCCCUUCCCGACUUCCGUUUUGGCGUCCUUUGAGAGUACGGUCAAUUUCCCUUGCCGUUUGUUUUGACGGUUUGUCGGUUUCUUUUUUUGGUUCGUUGAUUCAUCUUGACCAGUCAUUGUUAGAUUUUGCUUUAUGUUAUUACCGACAAAGACAAAGUAGGAUGGAAUGGCCAUUUCUGGCUUAUUAGCCGUCGUCAGCCAGUCAUACCCAACCCCGAGCUGUGGGACACCCGAGGCUCGAACUCGCGACCUGUUUGUUAGAAGUCAACGCCUCUACUCACCGGGCCACGAGCCCGUUGCCCUGUCGGUUUUCGAUCGGGAAUAUACAAUGUUAGGGGGCGCUCACCGAUCGUUCAUACGGAACUCACUCGCUCCGUUGUGCCUUACGGGCUCUCUCUCUCGAGCCCAACCAGCAGCCGAACAGCGGCGCAUGAUAUUGGCAGUAUGCUUUGUCAUCUUACCUGUGUGGGGAUUGUGUGACCAAACAAAUCACUCCCACCUGGGACCCAUCAGCCAGGGACACCACGGCGCCAAAACUGCCGCUCCCGCUCUCUUGCCCCCCUAUGUCUCCGUCGUCGUUCCCUUCAUCACCACUUAGUUGCCAGGAUGCCCCGCUGAAUGCCGGGUCAAUGCCCUCACGGGUAUCUCGCUAACGUACUCGCAUAGCCCGUGCGCUGCCACGCCAGCUGCAGAUCUAUGCAGACCUCAUGAAUGAGUUACUUACCGGCAGGCCGUUUCCUUUCCAACUCUGACUACCUGAAUUGUGGUGUGGUCGCGCCAGGUCGAUUAAACGUGAUGGCAGCCUUCAAGUAAGUAGAUUCUGCUCGCCGAGAGGAACCGCCUUCACAACGCCUACCGACGACAACCAUAAUCGCGUCUGCGGGAGAUGCAGAACGUCAGGACAGCUCUAAAGGCCGAGGAGAUCCAAGGAUGUACGGAUGACAACUAAUGGAAGAACUUCUGCUCCGUGAUCAAGGCUGUCUACGGUCCCCCAACCAAAGGACCUGCUCCUCUUCUCAGCGCCGACGGAAAUACCCUACUCACGGAGAAGACACAAAUCCUACAGCGUUGGGCUGAGCACUUCAGAGGCGUCCUCAACCGUCCCUCCACCAUCUCCGACGCCGUCAUCGCCCGUCUACCUCAAGUGGAGACCAAGGUCAACCUUGACCUCCCGUCCUCUCUCCACGAAACCAUCAGGGCCAUGCAGCAGCUCUCCAGUGUGAAAGCACCCGGAUAGGACGCGACCCCUACUGAGGUCUACAAGCACGGCGCCCCCCAACUCAUGGAUCAUCUGACGGCGCUCUUCCAGGAAAUGUGGCGUCUAGGAGAGGCCUCGCAGGAUUUCAAGGACGCCACAAUCUUCAAACUCUAUAAGCGCAAAGGGAACCGCCAAAUCUGCGACAACCACCAAGGCAUUUCCCUGUUGAACAUCGCCUGAGCAACCAUCUGAAACAGAGCCUUCUGCCGGAAAGCCAGUUCGGUUUCCGUCGUCGUCGUGGAACCCCCGACAGGAUCUUCGCCGCCCUCCAACUGCAGAAGAAGUUUCAGGAGAUGUGGGCCCACUUCUCCUCUGCCUUCGACACGGUGAAUCGUGACGGACUGUGGGAAGUUAUGCAGACAUUCGAUUGUCCCGAACGAUUCCCUCAGAUGGUGCGUCAGCUCCACGAUGGCGUGAUGGUACGAUUCACGGACAAUGGAACUGUCUCAGAGGCAUUCGCAGUGACCAACGGUGAGAAACAGGGAUGCGUGCUGGCGCCUACCCUCUUCAGUCUUAUGUUCUCUACCAUGGUGAUGGACGCCUACCGUGAUGAACGCCCCGAAUCCGCAUCGCCUACAGGACGAACGGUCACCUGCUGA